AUGAAGAAUCAGUCGAGGGAGAUAGAGUUCAUUCUUCUGGGAUUGACAGAUGACCCCAAACUGCAAAUUGUAAUUUUUAUGUUUCUCUUCCUAAACUAUGUGUUGAGUGUGAUGGGGAACUUAUCUAUCAUCCUCCUUACCCUGCUGGAUCCACACCUCAAAACUCCAAUGUAUUUCUUCCUCCAAAAUUUCUCCUUCUUGGAAAUCUCAUUGACAACAGUCUGUAUUCCCAGAUUCCUGAUAACCAUUGUGACUAAAAACAAAAUCGUUUCCUACAAUGGUUGUGCAUCGCAGUUAUUCUUUUUUCUCUUAUUAGGAGUUACCGAAUUUUACCUACUGGCUGCCAUGUCUUUUGACCGCUAUUUAGCAAUCUGCAAACCUCUACAUUACCCGAUCAUUAUGAGCAACAAAGUGUGCUACCAGCUUGUACUCAGUUCAUGGGCAGCUGGCUUUCUGAUUACCUUCCCACCACUGGUUAUGGGACUGAAACUGGAAUUCUGUGCUUCCAAAGUAAUUGAUCAUUUCAUAUGUGACACAUCCCCUAUCCUGCAAAUUUCUUGCACAGACACUCAUUUUCUAGAACUGAUUGCAUUUGUGUCAGCUGUUGUAACUCUGGUGACCACACUGCUGUUAGUGAUUCUUUCCUACGUAUAUAUUAUCAAGACCAUUCUAAAAAUGUCCUCUGCUCAGAAAAGGACAAAGGCUUUUUCCACUUGUUCUUCUCACAUGAUUGUAGUCUCCCUUACUUACGGUAGCUGUAUCUUUAUUUACCUGAAGCCAUCAGUAAAGGAAAGAGUGACUACAUCCAAGGUUGUAGCUGUUAUUUAUACCUCCAUUGCACCCUUGUUAAACCCUUUCAUUUACACGCUAAGGAACCAGCAAGUGAAACAAGCUUUCAAGGAUACAUUACAAAAGAUCUUUUUUCUUUCAAAA